UUUUGUUCUGUGUCUCUGUGCCUGCCCUGGUCCCACAUCUUUGUGUUCCCUCCCUGUUGCCAUGUCUUGUGUUAAGCUCAUGUCUGUGCAUACCUGUUGUACUUCCUGUUUUUAUUCUGAAGGUUUCUGUCUCAUGUGAGUGUUCUCAGCUUUACGUCUGUGUCUCGUCAGCCCUGAUUUCUCCCAGGUGUGUUCCCCUCCUGUCUCCCAUCCUAUGAUUACUCCUGUGAGUAUUUAAGCCCUGUGUGUUCUCCUGCCUGUUGCUGGUUUGUCUGUGAUGUCUACCCCGGGCCUUCCUGUGUUCAUUUGCGUGUUACUCUGGGUUUCAAUUUCAUGUGUUUAGGUUUUUCCCAGUUUAGUUAUUCUUUAGUCCCUGUCCUCGCCAUCUCCACCUUAAAUAAACUUACUCCUCAUACAAACUUCUGCUUGCACUUGGGUCCUCACUUCACCUUCACACGGCCUGCCUCGCCAGCCAUGACAAUCCUGUUAUUAUCUCAUUGUGUCCAUCUUCUGAUGGUUGCUUCCAGCACGAUAACGCACCAUGUCACAUUGCUCAAAUCAUCUCAAACUGGUUUCUUACAAUGAACAAUGAGUUCACUGUACUCAGUUGGCCUCCAUAGUCACCAGAUGUCAAUCCAAUGGAGCACCUUUGGGAUCUGUUGGAGCGGAUGUGUAGCUGACAAAUCUGCAGCAACUGUGUGAAGCUAUCAUGUCCAAAACCUCUAGCACCUUGUUGAGUCUAUGCAACAAAGAAUUACAGCAGUUCUGAAGGCAAAAGAGGACCAAACCCUAGCAAGAGACCCAGUGUGAAAACAGAGUGAGGAGCGCAACAAUAUGAUGGACCUUUUCGAGACCAACAGUUAUCUUUUUAAUGAUUUGCGCUAUCUGGAGGAAGCAGAUCAUGGACCACUACAGCACUUGGACAUGGCAGGGGUUUCCCCUCUGUACAAUGGCAAUGACAGCCCACUGUCCCAAGCGGGUCACGAUAAUGUCCCGUCCGGUGGGGAGAGCAGCGGAGAGGAGCACGUCCCUGCACCUCCGGGUCUCCGGGCGCACUGCGAGGGUCAGUGCCUCAUGUGGGCCUGUAAGAUCUGCAAGAGAAAGACGGCUCCCACGGAUAGACGUAAGGCUGCGACCCUCAGGGAGAGGAGGAGGCUUAAGAAGAUCAACGAAGCCUUCGACGCACUGAAGAGGAAGACCGUAGCCAAUCCCAACCAGAGGCUACCCAAAGUGGAGAUUUUACGCAGCGCCAUCAGCUACAUAGAGAGGCUGCAGGAGCUGCUGCAGACGCUGGACGAGCAGGAGAAAACCGGAUCUCCAUGUGACGCAAAAGAAAACAAUGUGGCCAGUGAGUACCACUGGAAGAAAUCCUCUGAGGCUUGGCCAACCUCCGCUGACCAUUCCACUUCAGCAAUGAACUGCACAGAAGGAGCCAGUGAGUCUUCCGCGUCCUCCAGCCUCCUGCGGCUGUCCUCCAUCGUGGACAGCAUCACCAACGACAGCAGUCAUUGAGGACGUCUCAGAAAACUGAAACAUUAGCAAACUAUCUGACAUUUUCAAUAUGAUCUAUUCUGAUCAUCUGUGAACUAUUUUUGCCAUAGUAAACCAUUCUGACUUCUGUUUGUAAGUACUUCAUUUGUACAGGAAGAGCAAAAGAUUUGUACAUAUUUUAUAUUAACAUGAAGUUUAGAUGUAUUUAUUUUGUGUCCAAAGGCUAACCUUGGCUUUAAGGAAGCUGAAAUUCUCUUUAUAUAUUGUACACAGCUGACCAACAAAAUAAAUGACACAGUUCUACUCU